AUGAAUAGUUCGAGUAACCAUGGAUACGUAAUGAAUACAAAAUGUCCGCCCGGUAACAGUGAAUCUGAAAUCCAAAGAUUGUGUGAGACAGUAGACAACAAAGACUUUCUGAGUGGUAUGCCUGUCGUAGACGACAAAUCAGGUUUGGUUUAUAGAAACGUGUUUUGCGCCAGAUGUAAUUCGGUCCAAGGUGUAUCCUACUGGCAAAUGAAUGCAGACUGUGGAAGGAUUCCCGCAUCGGUUCUUCCCCAAGAUAACACGCUGCUAUUGGAAUUUAUCAGAGAAAACUGUACCGUUAGGUACAGACCUACAGGGGGACAGCAAAUAAACCUGACACACUGCGUUUUCGCCAACAGCACAUGCUGUGCAAGGCAAGUUAUUGACAACGAACCAGUUUUAAAAAGCUUGUGUUCAUACUACUCUUUCCCAGUUUGUGGUAGCCCACAUCAUAAAAAUCCUCAUUGCGCACUAUGUAACGGAGAAGACAUAACGCAGUUCAAUUGUGGAUGCCUGAGCUCCGCAACAAGUAAGCCUCCAAUACAUGCCACAAAAAGGGGAUCAGCAAUUCCACAUUAUAAUACAAUACAAUACAAUUCUUCUGUAGCGGCAGACCCACCUUAUCAUUUGCCGAUAUUGCCUACACAGCCGCAGUCCAGGCCCCCAGGAACAAUACCUCUAACAACUCAUUUUACGAACCAUGGAUUCACGACGGAGCUCACAAUGACUGGGAAGCCUUCAACAAAGUCACCAGAGUUUACACCUCAGCCACCGCCUCCUCCAUUGAGUAUCCUGUUUGAUUUUUCUUCUGAUUCGAACCAAAUUAGCAUACAUGGAACAAAGACCGAGACCAAGCUUGUGAAUCUUAAAACUUGUCAGGAGGGAUUCGUUUACGAUCCUUUUGUUGACAAAUGUCGCGAGGCAUUUCAAGGCGUUAUUGGGAAUGAGAAACACUCAAGUAACUCGACCAACUCUACUUACAGUAACUUGAUAAAGCUGAACUGCUCCGGAAUCCGGCUUAAUCUUUCAGAUACUGUUUUGUAUUCAAACGGAACUCUGUGGGUGCCCUUGUACUCAACAAAUUACAACCGCACGGAGUAUUUCGCGAACGGCUCCAUCAUAUUCUUAUGUACCGACUUUGAGAGUAAUUAUUCAAAAAAUGAAAUAAUUACAAAGUGGUCUUAUGCUGUUGAUGUAACUACAUUGCAUAUUCUCACCUACGCCGGAUGUUCUCUUUCAGUUUUUUCGCUCCUCAUUUUGCUGGUAAUCUACUGUACAUUCAAAGAACUAAGGACUCUCCCUGGCAAAAACCUGGUCAACCUGUCUCUUUCCAUGAUAUGUUAUCACAUGUUCCUGUUUGUGGCGGGGUUAAAAACUAUCCAAGAGGUCUGUACAGGAAUCGCAGUCUUUCUUCAUUAUUUUUUGAUUUGCUCAUUUGCGUGGAUGAGUGUCAUGGCGUUUGACGUGACUAAAACAUUCGUUUUUCAUGGUAAGACACUUUCAUCAUUCAUUCAGUUUUUCGGAAAUAAGUAACACCCAACGAUGCUGUCAUUUCGCCCAUAAACUUCUUAAACCGAGAAGUCAUUUCGCCACAACGGUUGUUUGUGUUUUCAGACUCUAGACCUGCAAAAUUUACGGAAUUCCUAAACUUUUUGUCUUUUCUUUGUAGAUACUGACCUCCUUUCAGAACAAGAAAAGAAACAGAGAAAGACUUUCCAAAAAUAUAGCUUGUGCGCCUGGGGUUCCCCAGCUACUGCUGUUGGAAUUUGUUUUCUAUUGGACCACACUGGUUAUGGCAAGUGUUUAGAUUAAGGUUUUUUCGUGAGGGAAGGGGAGUGCAGACUCACAAAAAUCGUCGGAGAUAUGUACACAACAUUUUAUUUGAACACAGUACAGUUACUCAGAAGGUAAAACUCCGUUUCGCUGAGACUGACCAAGAUAUGUCAAUGAGGAAAAGCUCCGUAAUCAAAAGCUAAGAAUGUUCACAUUGAUAUUAUGGAUCAUGCUAAGUUUCAGGAAGACUCUUUUAAUGAAUGGAAUAACACACAAAGGGGUUGUAAAUUUCAAAUAAAUACAUUUACUCUAGUGCCGAGCCCGAAAAGCACCUCCCUCGAAUAAGCGGCGCUUUUUCGACAGAAAAGUUAAUGAGCCCCGCGGCCCCCUGGUGUGGUGCCUUUUCGAAGGACUCUUUCACAAGCUCCAACGCUUUUUAUGCAGUUGAAUAUCCUAAGAGAACCAGGUGCAAAUCCUUUCGGAUGCACAGAUUCAGACGUAGAACAAGCCUAACCUCUUUACCUAACCUUCGUCGUCGUGUCUAAUUUUUGAAUGAACGCUGCCCCUAAAUAAGCAAUACAGUUGAGGCGUGAAAAUGUGAUUGUUGGAAUAAAUACGGUGCACAAAAAUAAAUUGAUGGUAAAAGUUAAGAGAAAGUUCAGUUCAUUUUGCGAGAUAUUUUUACAUUGUUGAGGGCAUAACUUCCGGACUCUCAAUCAUACAUAAUUUCAUCUCAAGGCACUGUUUGAAUUGCACGAAUGUAAGGAAAGGUAAUGUGUGAGCGCAAAUUCAAAUAUCUUUUCGUGUCUUUUUCAGGA